GGCUGCUAUAGUGAAAACUCGUCACUGCGCUGAAAAUCGUUGCUGCAUCUCUGCCAUCACCAACGGCGAAAACUUGAUGCUGCAUCUCAGCCAUCACCAACGGCGAAGACUCAACGCUGCAUCUCUACCAUCACCAACGGCGAAGACUCGACGCUGCAUCUCAGCCAUCACCAACGGCGAAGACUCGACGCUGCAUCUCAGCUAUCACCAACGGCGAAGACUCGACGCUGCAUCUCUACCAUCACCAACGGCGAAGACUCGACGCUGCAUCUCAGCCAUCACAUGCAGCGUUGCUGUCUCCAUCAAACUGUGA